UGGUAGUUCAUCAGUUGUUUGUUGGGUUGUGUCCGCACAUUAGAUAACAUGAUGGCUCAGAGCUGGGUUCGGAUUACGACGGUCGCCUUGUUGGGUGUUUUGGUUUGUCCAUCACAGGCGCUAGUUAACGAAGCGUUGCUGAAUGCUCAGGCGACUUGCGUGGAGUAUUUGGGGAUUUCGAAAAACCGUCUGACCCAGUACAACAUCAGCGUAUAUCCUCCGGAUCGGGAUACGAUGUGUAUGAUCCGUUGUGCCGGGAUCAUGUUGGGGUUCUGGGAUGAUGAGAAGGGUCUUCAGGUGGAUGGAAUUCGGCAGUUCUAUCCAAACGGAUGUGACGCAGCUGCCUUCACCCAGAGGGUGUUGCACUGUGCUGAACGAAAAGUGGCCACCUGCAGUUCAUCAGAUGCCUGUGCCAAAGCCUAUUACUCGUUCCGAUGUGUCCUGAGGAAACAAGAUCAUCCCACCCCCGGAAACAGUGUUGCCGAAAAGCUAACUCCAGAAAAGUUUGUGAAAGCGCAAAUCACCUGUUCGAAAAUCCUGAGAAUUCCAGGGAACCAUCUCAAACUUUACAAGCAAGGAAUCUUCCCGGAUGAUGCGGAAACCCGAUGCUUGUUCCGUUGCUUGGGAAUCCGACUGGAUCUAUACAGUGAUACCGAGGGACCGUAUCUGGAACGACUCCACGAUCUGUUUGCCGAACACCAGCCCCUGGAAGAGUUCAAGAGCCGAGCUAGGCUUUGCAUCGAAGCGAACAGGCCGCUGAUCAAGGAUAACUGUACGGCUGCCUACCGGAAUCUGUAUCUGUGCUUCCGGGAGCACUUCAAUGCGUUUACCCUCAGGAAUCGACAGGCGCUGCUUUCGACGGGGCAGACCUGCACGGCCUCGCAACCGGAUCCACAUACUGAGGCGUUGCUGUUUAAUGACGAUAUUUAAGU